UGUCCCCCGCUCCUUCCUUCGGCCUCCGUGGCAUCCCCGCCUCCCGAGGCCGCGGCACGGCCCGCCCCUUCCUCCGCCAUCGGGGAGCCGGGAGCCGGGAGCGCGGCUCCGCCAUGCCGAAACACGAGUUCUUCGUGGACAUGACCUGUGAGGGCUGUUCCAAUGCGGUCACCCGUGUCCUGCACAGGCUGGGAGGUGUCAACUUUGAUAUUGACCUGCCCAACAAGAAGGUGUACAUUGACUCAGAGCACAACGUUGACACCCUGUUGGAAACCCUCAAGAAGACUGGAAAGAAUGCUUCCUACCUCGGGGAGAAGUCUGCACAGUAGCCUUGCCUGGUGUGAGGAGCUAGGUAUAUACCAGCUGCAGCAGUGUGAAAGAGAGACAUCUGAGCUUUUUUCCAGCUCUCCCAGUAAAACAGCCAUCUUCCUGGAAAGGACAGAUUUAAAAAGACCUGCAGGUCCAGCUUCAGCAAACCCCUCCUGUCAGAGAAGCAGCUGAGCACACACAGGGACCCCUUAGCUGUUCUGCACAGCCUGUGUGAUCCCAGCCUUGGCUGUAGUGGAGAGGUAGAACACAGCCUCUGUGCCAUUCCCGGAUUAACCUAGAGUUUGCCAGAGCAUUCUGUGCAUGAAAACAAAUCCCAGACACACUUAACAGCUGGCCAGAGAGAGUGGUGGGCCCCAGCAAUGGCAGGGAGGGUGAUGGGACACAAAGAGCCCUUUGGGUGUGAGGUGCUGUGGGCUGGCUCUUAGCACAAGGACCUCCAACAGCUGAUUCUCCUGAUUAGGCUGUUAAUCCUCCACUACACUUAAGGAUGGAAAAACAGCAGUUUCCUGGUACUCUUAUGGGUGUAAAAUGUUGGUUUUCAGAAUAGCUCCCAGUACACACAUUCCCUGGCCAAUGUCUACUCCAGUGAAAACUGAUGGCUGCAGCCUGUCAGUUUUCCCAGAAUUCCAGCAUUAUGAAGACAUGUACAAAAUUCUGCUGACUGUAAAAUAUAUUGGCAGACAAGGUUCAAUUUCAGUGAAAAGAAUAAAGUGGGAGAGGGCUGCCCACUUACUGCAUGUGUCAUUCUUUAGUGUGCAAAAUUAUUACAUGGCAUCUCCUAAAAAUUUGUUUCUGUCAGUGCAGCUUUCUGAUCCAGUGAUUAUUUUUAAUGGUCUGGUUGGAUCAUCACAAAUACCCGGCACAGAUGCACUGAAACCAGUUCAUGCUGAUUUAAUUCCCAGUCAGUAAAUUAAAUCAGGGAUUUAUACCAGCAGGAAUUAAAUUGAUACAAGAAAGAGCUGAGCUGAUAGUGAUGUGUGUGCAAUAGAUCUGCAUUGCUUAAUAGGCUGACAGCAGAUUUCAAAGCUGCAAUUUGUAUCAUUUGAGCAAGCUCUCCAUGCUUCUUAGAAAUUGUUUAAAAUCGUAGCUGUAAUCAAAUAACAGCCCCACUUCAACAGAGGGAG